CAUGGAUAAAUUUAAUCAAUUUGAUGAGAACCUAUCUGAAAAAUUCUUGGACGAAAAUGUAUCAGUAUCCAAUAUCAAUGUAUCUCGGACUCUUGAAGAAAAUAUGUCAAAGCCUUUGUUUAAUAGCAGAAUCAUUUUGGGCAAAGAGGCAAAAUCAAAAUCAUGUCCAUUUAACAAGCUUAAGUUAUGAAAGCCAUCAAGAGUGCCUAAGUUAUCGAAUGACAACUUUCUCGCAGUCCCUUCCAAAAUAAUUGCUUCACAUCAAAAUUCUGAAGCAUCUUCAUCCAGGUCUAACCUUCAAAGCGACAUCAAGGCUUUGCUAAACAAGGCCAUAAGAAUGAGAAGUUUAUCAAACGAUGUUGCACAUAAGAAGAACACCCAUACUACCUCCAACCUUAACAAUAAAUUCUCUUGCCAAGAAGGUGAGCAUUGAAUAACAGUGCAUGACUGAGCGACCCCAAACUCAUAAAAUUCCUAAUUCAUCCUAAUAGUUAACAGUAAAUUUCUUCAGAAUCCUUCUUGACACUAAUCCACUUAUUAAUAAACUCAAAGAAUCUAGUAGAAACUAUGGGUCGAUUACUUCCUUUUCGUAGCUGGAAAACUUCUGAUAGUAAAUUAUAUUAUUUUUAGUCUGAAAUGGUUUACAUAUUAGGAAUAUUAUGGUUUAUGGGAGCUAUUUUUGGCCUAGAACAAUGAAGAAGAACAAGGCUUGAAGUAGAGAAGAUUUGGAAAGGGAAAAAUCAGCCAGCCUUAGCCAAUCAUGGCUUUGAUAUAAUUAAAUAUCGCCUCUAAGGGUGCAUUAAGAAGUAUUAUUAACUGAAUGGACUAAAUUUUGAUUUGGAGAAAUAGGUUGCAAUGUUUGAGCUUCUCUAUUUUAAUAUUUGGGUCUUUAAUGAUUUAUAAAGCUAGGGAAUAUCGUCUGUACUGUAAUAGACAAACUAGCCUUCUUUUUGAGCUUUUGGAGGAUUCAUAAAUUCUUCCCUGUUCAUGAGUAAAUUAAAGAGAAAUUUUUGUUCUUUUCCUAAAUUUUCAUAUUCCAAUUCGAAAAAUUAAUAACUUGGUGACCUUCAAGUUGGAAUAGUGUCGGUUAUUAUAGUUUCAGAAAUCUAGAAUAAUAUCGGUUACAACUUAAGAAACCACUCUUUUCUAUUUCAAGACCCUAAGAAUUGGACAUAUUAGACUUUGAUAAAUGCAAUUUUGAGACUCCAAUAUUCCUUACUCUCUCAUCUAUAUCAAUUUUCCAAAAUUUAUUCCCAUUUCACAAAAUUUCCAUUUAGAAUAUAAAUCCCCAAUAACUUCAAAAUAACAAGAAAAUUCUCUAAAUAACCUAUAACUCCCCACCUCGUCUUCACACCAUCCUCAACAGCAUAAGAGCUCCUCUACAUUCAAUUUCCUCCAAAACCCAUCCCAAAAAUGCACAUUUUCUUACCCUCUCAACCUCAAAUCCCCAUAAACCUGCCAGGCAAAAUCUCUCUCCCAAAUCCCUUAAAACUUUAUUUACAAAUUCUUCGUUACACAAAUAACAAAAAAAUCGAAAAAAAUCUCUGAUAAAAAUUUGAGUUAUUAUAAUUCCCCAAACUUUUCGCCAAAAUUUGGCCGUUUAAAAGACCUGGACUGGAGGCAAGAGAGAGCGGAAAUUAAGUAGAAAAUGUAUUAAUUUUGUAGGGGUAGAAGGGGAAGAAUGGCCUUUAGGGAUUUUUGUGAGAGGCUGGUUAAGGUGAGAGAAAGGUGGUUUAAGGAAUUUUGGGAAGGAGGGAAGAGAGCUGAUAACUUUUGGUAUAGAGAAGUUGGAAAUUUUUGAGUGGAGGCUGCUUAAAAUUGAAGGAGAGGCUAUAUUCUGGUAUCAAUUCAUAAAUUUUAUCAUCACACCGCUUGAAAUAUUUAGUAUUAGAAUUUUAAUAUAAAUUUAUUGCAUCAGAUAUUGUAAUCUUCAAGAAUUCUGAUCAUAAGAAAGCUUAAUUCAGCAUUUCAAGUAAAAAUGAUCCAUUUUAUACAAAACAAAAUGAAUAUUUAGAAAUAAAUAAUCUUAAACCUCAAAAUUUUAUCUAGGUUGUCCAAACACAUAAACUAAAUUGGAAUAGGAAGCUCAAGAUGGAGAAUUAGAGCAGAUGCAUGUAAUAGAUCAACUCAAAGAAAUAGCAAGUUCAACUACUCCUACAUGUAUUAAUCAGAAAUAUUACCAGGUCAGUACAAUUGGUGACCGUCAGAAAAUUCUUAAAAGUUUCCGAACUGACGAGACCAAUAAUUGAUUUACUGUAAAACCUUGUUUCAAGAAUUUCUAAUCUUUCUAAACUAUAAAUUAUCUAGAGAAGGUUACUUUAGAGGUAAGAUAAAUUUAAAUCCUUGUUGUAUGACCUCAGAACUUUCUAAAAGGAUCAAUCAAAGGAUCUAAACAGACUUCUAAAUGAAACUCCGAUUAUUUUCAUUCUGAUCAUCCUGACAAAACUGUACAAAUAAGGGAUUUUAA